CAAGAAAUAUGAAUAUAAAUGCGAAUCUGGUUUCUGCGGUAGUAUGCAAAUGAAUCAUACACCACAUGAAUUUGAUUAGGGAAUCAUGAUGACCGGUCUCAUAGGAAAGACUAAUAAUCCUUUCUGGGAAUAGCUAGCUCUGACCUUGGUAUGAUUAACUGCCGUGUACCAGUUUCUUCAGAAUGGCGGUAGUCGUUGAUCGACAUCAUGGAUUCAAACCGUUCAGUAGGUCUCAAAGAUGCAAACUCCAAUCCUUCACCCAACUUGAGUACAACAUUCUUGAACAUGGCCACAAAGACCUUGCUCACUCUUUGAAGUUUCUCCAUCGUAGUUUCUCCACGCCUUGCCUUUCCUUUGCUACUAAUGUGAAGGAAGAGUUUGACACCCAUCAUCCCAGGGUUGAGAUUAUAAGGGGCCAAAGAGCCCCGAGGAUCAGUGCCCUUGUUGUUGAGGUGGCCAUGGCCAUGGCCUCUGGGGAAGUACCUAUACCUGCCUCCAACGGGCUCGGUGGUGCCUACUUCUUACAUAAUCGUAGUGGUGAAACUAUAGCUGUUGUAAAGCCCAUUGAUGAAGAACCCUUGGGUUCCAAUAACCUGAAUGGUUGUGCGGGAUCGAUGUUGGGACAGCCAGGUACACAACGUACAAUACGUGUAGAUGAAACUGGCAUUCGUGAGUUGGCAGCUUAUCUCCUCGACCAUGAUGAGUUUGCUGGUGUUCCUGCAACAGCUCUUGUGAAAAUCUCUCAUGUUGCAUUUCAUGUCAAUGAAGCAACCGCUAUCUCUGCCACACCUUAUAAGAUUGCCUCCAUACAAAAUUUCGUCUCUCAUGACUUUGAUGCAGGAGAGUUGGGGCCUGCUGGUUUCUCAGUGGCUUCAGUUCAUAGAAUUGGGAUAUUUGACUUAAGAAUCCUGAAUCUAGACCGGCAUGCAGGAAAUAUUCUUGUCAAGAAAAAGGACCAACGUAAAAAUUAUGCUGCCGGGGCAGCUGAGCUUGUGCCCAUAGAUCACGGUCUUUGCCUACCAGAGUUCCUCGAUGAUCCAUACUUUGAAUGGUUGCAUUGGCCUCAAGCAUUGGUUCCUUUUUCGGAUUCAGAGACCAAGUACAUUCUGAAUCUCAAUCCAAAUAAAGAUGCAGAACUUUUGCGGACGGAGCUUCCAUCGUUGAGGGAGUCCUCCAUACGAGUCAUGAUCCUUUGCACCGUUUUCUUGAAGCAAGCUGCUAGUGCUGGCCUUUGUCUUGCGGACAUAGGUGCAAUGGUGACUCGGGAGAUUCGGGGUGGUGAAGAAAGACCAAGUAUGAUAGAGGCAAUUUGCACAAAAGCUAAGACAAAUGUAUUCAUUAAAACUUCGGAAGUUGAGGAUGAUAUAGACAACAGCUAUGAUAAAUUUGAGGUUGACACUGGAAUUUUUCUAUUCGACAACGAAAUCGAAGACAUCUUCAAUGAAGUCGCCGAUCUUCCCAAGCUCUUCCGACGCCCUUUGAAUUUGGCUAAGUCACCAAAACCUUUGGAACUUUUGACCACAAGAUCGAUGCCAGCAUUGCGUGGUGUGGCUUCGUUAAAUGACAAUUACAACAGCAGAUUUAAUACAGAAUACUCUGCAGGAAACACUUAUAGCUACAAUGACAGCAUGAGUUUCGUAGUGCAAAAGAAUAACCAUGAAAAUGGAGGUACGUAUUUGGGGGAUAUGAGUGAAGCUGAAUGGGAGAUGUUCCUGAAGUGUUUUGAGAAGCUCUUGCCUCAAGCAUUUGAGGACUCCAACAAACUAAAAUUGGGAACUUCUUGCAAUUUCUGAACGAUGUCUGAAAGGUAGUACGAAAGAGUAUCCUACUAACUAAUAUGAACAAAUUAUUGUACAUUAAAUUGAUAUUUGCUCUUAUAAAUGAGUCGUAGUGUAGGAAUAUAACUACACCUUGCAUUUGUACGUGUGUUACAUAUAGUUAAUUAGGGUACAUAUGGAUCGUAAAACAAAGUGAUUGGCAGACAGCCGUCCUUUAAACUUUAAUUUAUUUGCCUUGUUAUUUUCUCCCCCUUUCGCACUGUACAUAAUUUGUAGAGGGUCAAUUUCCCUUGAACAGACCCUUGUUGUGUUGCAAUGCAGACGCAAAACAUUUUCUAUUU